AUGUUGUUGAAGGUCCCUCAGAAGCUGUUGAAGACAGCCCACUACAUUGAGCUGGGCAGCUACCAGCACUGGCCAGUAUUGAUACCUCAGAGAAUACGGCUGUACACCUAUGAACAGAUCCCCCUCUUCCUCAGAGACAACCCCUACAUCACAGAUGGCUACAGGGCCCACCUGUCCUCCAAACUGUGCCUGAAGAGUAUCUUCAUCCUGUCCAAUGAGACUGUGAACAUCUGGAGCCACCUGCUGGGUUUCCUGCUUUUCUUCUCUCUGGGAGUUAAUGACCUCUCCUCAGUCCUCCCAUCCUCCAGGGGCAGCAGUGAAGACUACUUUAUCUAUGCUAUAGGACUAGUCUGCUUUCAGGUGGGGACAUGUGGAAGUGUUUCUCUGUGUAUGCUGUGUUCAGUGGGGUAUCACCUGUUCUCGGGCCACCGGUCAGAGGAGACCUGUCGUCGCUGGUUGGCGCUGGACUAUGCAGGCAUAUCUGUUGGCAUCCUGGGCUGCUACGUACCAGGCAUAUUCUAUGCUUUCUACUGUAACGUUUUCUGGCGGCAGGUCUACCUGAUGAUCGUGCUGUCUUUGAUCGUGGCCGUCUUCUGCACCCAAGUCCACCCUCGUUACCUCAGCAAUGACUGGCGCCGGAUUCGUACUGCCACCUUCUGCUGUGUGGCAGGCUGCAGUGUGAUACCAGCCUGCCACUGGGUCUGGCUCAAUGGCGGAUUCAACUCUGUCGUUGUGCAGGUAUUCCUGCCUCGUGUGAUGGUCAUGUAUCUGAUCGCUGGGUCUGCCUUUGUGUUUUACAUCACCAAGGUCCCUGAACGGUACUUUCCUGGCCAGCUGAAUUACUUGGGUGCAAGUCACCAGGUAUGGCAUGUACUUGUGGUCAUCAUGUUCUACUGGUGGCACCAAACUGCUGUCUACAUCAUGCACUUCAGACACAGCCAGCCCUGCUCAGCGCCAUCAAGUAGCGACUAGUUAGGACAUAAAAACUAAAAAGAAAUUAUAUAAGGGCUAGUUAGGCUUGCGAUGGUGGCCGAUUUUUCUGGUGACAUACAGUAUUAGAGUAACACUGUUGGUAUUAACCAAGCACCA